AUGUCAGAUCUGGGGCUUGGAGUGAAAACUGUUAAUUUGGAUGAUGAUGCUGAUAGCGAUGACGAUGUCAUUGUGACAUGUGAUAGCGAGUUGGUGCCUCCGCCUCCAGACAUCGCGGAAACUGACGUUGAAGCUUUUUCCAAUUUUGAGUUUGAAUCGGUGCCCAGUGAUCGUGAAGAAGACAUGUCGAGCGACUUGGAGUCCUCUCGGCCAACCCUUCGACGUUUGACCAACAUUAGUGAUGCGGAUGUCUCUCCACCGAAUGACAUUGAAGCUACAGGAAACCCAGAAAACCCACAGGAUGAUGCAGGGGUCAGCGAUGGUGAUGGAAUUGAUGAUGGGGCCAAUUCCAAUGAUGGAAGCAUGGAUGUCGAUGCUGAAGGUGAGAACAGUCACUCUGACUCCGAUGCCACCCCAUCUUGGCAUGCAGCUUGGAACCGCGACCCUUUUCCAGGAUCAGGCGACAAUGGGGGGGUCCCCGUCCCAGAUGACAAUGGGGGGGGCCCGCCGGCUCCGCUUGACCGCGAGAUCAUCACCGUGUACUUUGAGUACAGGAUGCAAGUUGAAAUGCAAUUUAGCCCUGGCCUACGACACGGCGUACCACUCGCAAGAGUGGUGAUUGGCACGGCCUGCUCUGGUUCUGGAGCUCCGUGCCACGCUUUGGCGCAGCUGGUGGGGGAUCGCAACUACGAGGAGCUUUUUGCAAGCGAACUGCACGCUGGAACGCGCACUUUUCUUUUAGAGAACUACGACAUGAAGCACCUCUAUUUCGACAUCGUUUCGGCUAGGACUGGUGGACGAUGUGCUGUACAUGACCAACGUUGCCCGCCAGUGGAGAAUUUGACCCAGGACCCCAUCGACAUCUAUAUUUCCGGUUUCGUGUGCAAGCUCUUUUCGCAGGAGAGUUCCGAUCGAUACGUGGACGGGGAUGUUCAAAAUCUUUUCAUUUCGACCGACCCCAAAGUUGCAGCGAAAGCGCUGCCAUUCAUUGAAUCGUCGAGGUGGAUUCGCCGAAAUUCCCCUCGGAUCGCGAUUCUGGAGAACGUCGCUGGCCUUUUGAAGAAGUCGGCCAAGACAUCGUCGUCUGCAGAAUUUCAGGCCCCUCUUGAUUUUGUACUACGAGGAGUUCUUCGCGGGGAGGAAUUGCCAGAUGAAGAGAUUGGGCUCAGUCUCAUACCUGGGUAUGUGGUUAAGGUGUUCAAACUUCAGUCAAAGUCAUUCGGGCUUGGACAAACUCGCACUCGCCUCUACUUUGUGAUGGUGCAUGAAUCUGUCGGAGACAUGAUGGUUUUGGACCACAUUGGAGCUCUACUCACCAAGUUUCAGUCGGUGAUCGACCUUCCGACAGAGGGUCCAGUUUGGGAUGCUAUGCGGGUUGGAGCUGCAUGCGAUGGGUGGAGCCCACGUGAUGACGAAAAACAACCGCCCGUUUUGAGCUGGGUAACGCAGGGCAAGACGCGAACAGAGUUCGACCGAUUGAAGGAGGGCCUUGGCUACGAGCAUGCCAGCGAUCAAACAUACCACCAGUAUUCUCGGUGGUGCAGGGGCCAAUUUGGGGAAGCCUGGAUGUCUGGGCUUUGUGGGCGGGAAGUGGAACAGCUGGAUCUUCUUUGGCUCCAGACUGAGGUUGGGGAACGAAAUCGGCUCAUCACCGACGUUGUGAAGUCUAUUGGUCGCGGGGCUCAUCGAUCAGAUGGGCUUGCCCCAACGCUGACGACCAACAGCAAGAUCUACGAUUUUCGUUACCACCGCUUACUGACGCCGCCAGAUCUCUUGGCUUUGCAUGGGUUCAACCUAGACACGGUUGUUUUUCCGUCGCAGCUCAAGAGAUCAUUCUACAGCCUUCUGGCAGGAAAUGCUAUGUCUGUUCCGUGCAUCGGAGCAGUCUUGACAGCUGUCCUUCUGACCUGCAACCUGCGUGAGCAAUUUGGUUUGCACCUCACCCCAUCUCCAUCAGUAGGGAACCUGCAGAAUGGAGAAGCCGAAUCUGAAAGUGAUAGUGGUGACUCCAACGGUUCCACCGAACCUGGAGGAUUUUCUCAAGAGGUUAGGGACAAGUGGCCAACAAUUUCACAUGCUGGCUCUGGCGUCUCACCCAAAGACUUGGAAGGGUUGCUGCGCCAACCGCCAGGCACUGUUUUGUCUUUUUCGCCGGCUUAA